GUGUGGUUUCAGCGCAGCAUGGCUGUGGUCAUCCGUUUGCAAGGUCUCCCAAUUGUGGCGGGGACCAUGGACAUUCGCCACUUCUUCUCUGGAUUGACCAUCCCCGAUGGGGGCGUGCAUAUUGUAGGGGGUGAACUGGGUGAGGCUUUCAUCGUUUUUGCCACUGAUGAAGAUGCAAGGCUUGGUAUGAUGCGCACAGGUGGUACAAUUAAAGGGUCAAAAGUAACACUAUUAUUGAGUAGUAAAACAGAAAUGCAGAAUAUGAUUGAACUGAGUCGUAGGCGUUUUGAAACUGCCAACUUAGAUAUACCACCAGCAAAUGCUAGUAGGUCAGGACCACCACCUAGCUCAGGGAUGAGCAGCAGGGUAAACUUGCCAGCAACAGCACCCAACUUUAAUAAUCCUUCGCCAAGUGUAGUAACUGCUACCACUUCUGUUCAUGAGAGCAACAAAAACAUACAGACAUUUUCCACAGCCAGCGUAGGAACUGCUCCUCCAAGUAUGGGGACUUCUUUUGGAAGUCCAACAUUCAGCUCAACGGUUCCGAGUACAGCUUCUCCAAUGAACACAGUCCCACCGCCACCAAUUCCUCCAAUCCCAGCGAUGCCCUCUUUGCCACCGCUGCCAUCCAUUCCCCCAAUACCAGUUCCUCCUCCGGUACCAACGUUGCCUCCCGUGCCACCUGUUCCUCCCAUUCCCCCAGUCCCUUCUGUGCCACCUCUGACUACAUUGCCUCCUAUGUCAGGCAUGCCACCCUUGAAUCCACCGCCUGUGGCACCUCUUCCUGGUGGAAUGAAUGGCUCUGGAGCACCUAUGGGUCUGAAUAAUAAUCUGAACCCUGUGUUUCUGGGUCCAUUAAAUCCUGUUAACCCUAUACAGAUGAACUCUCAAAGCAGCGUGAAGUCUCUUCCCAUCAACCCUGAUGAUCUGUAUGUGAGUGUGCAUGGAAUGCCCUUUUCUGCAAUGGAAAAUGAUGUCAGAGAGUUUUUCCAUGGGCUCCGAGUUGAUGCAGUACAUUUAUUAAAAGAUCAUGUAGGUCGAAAUAAUGGGAAUGGAUUGGUUAAGUUUCUCUCCCCUCAAGAUACAUUUGAAGCUUUGAAACGGAACAGAAUGCUGAUGAUACAACGCUAUGUGGAAGUCAGUCCUGCCACAGAGAGACAGUGGGUAGCUGCUGGAGGUCAUAUCACUUUUAAGCAAAGUAUGGGGCCUUCUGGACAAGCCCACCCUCCUCCACAGACACUUCCAAGGUCAAAAUCACCCAGUGGGCAGAAAAGGUCAAGAUCAAGAUCACCACAUGAGGCUGGUUUUUGUGUUUACUUAAAAGGGCUACCAUUUGAAGCAGAAAACAAACAUGUCAUUGAUUUUUUUAAGAAGUUGGAUAUUGUGGAAGAUAGUAUUUAUAUAGCUUAUGGACCCAAUGGGAAAGCAACUGGUGAAGGCUUUGUAGAAUUCAGGAAUGAUGCUGACUAUAAGGCUGCUCUCUGUCGUCAUAAACAAUACAUGGGCAAUCGCUUUAUUCAAGUUCAUCCAAUAACUAAGAAAGGUAUGCUAGAAAAGAUAGAUAUGAUUCGGAAACGACUUCAGAACUUCAGCUAUGACCAGAGGGAAAUGGUGUUAAAUCCGGAGGGGGAAGUCAGUUCUGCCAAAGUCUGUGCCCAUAUAACAAACAUUCCAUUCAGCAUUACCAAGAUGGAUGUUCUUCAGUUCCUGGAAGGAAUCCCAGUGGAUGAGAAUGCUGUACAUGUUCUUGUCGAUAACAAUGGGCAAGGUCUAGGGCAAGCAUUGGUUCAGUUUAAAACUGAAGAUGACGCACAUAAAUCUGAACACUUACACCGUAAAAAGCUGAAUGGGAGAGAAGCUUUUGUUCAUAUAGUUACCCUAGAAGAUAUGAGAGAGAUUGAGAAAAAUCCCCCAGUCCAAGGAAAAAAGGGCUUAAAGAUACCUGUUCCAGGUAAUCCUGCAGUACCAGUGAUACCUAGUGCAGGGAUACCCACUGCUGGAAUACCCAGUGCUGGAAUACCAGGUGCUGGAAUGCCUAGUGCAGGUAUGCCUGCUGCUGGAAUGCCUGGUGCUGGGAUGCCCAGCUCUGGAAUGCCUGGUGCCGGAAUACCGGGUCCCGGAAUACCUGGUCCUGGAAUACCCAGUGCUGGAUUACCCGGUGCCGGAUUACCCGGUGCCGGAUUACCCGGUCCUGCAAUACCUGGUCCCGCAAUGCCUGGUCCCGCAAUGCCUGGUCCCGCAAUGCCUGGUCCCGCAAUGCCUGGUCCCGCAAUGCCUGGUCCCGCAAUGCCUGGUCCUGCAAUGCCUGGUCCAGCAAUACCUGGUCCAGCAAUACCCGGUGCUGGCAUCCCCAGUGCAGGAGGAGAAGAGCAUGUCUUCUUGACUGUAGGAUCAAAGGAGGCCAAUAAUGGGCCACCGUUUAACUUCCCUGGUAAUUUUGGUGGGCCCAAUGCCUUUGGGCCACCCCUCCCUCCUCCAGGAUUAGGGGGAGGCUUUGGUGAUGUUAGGCCAGUUCUGCCUUCAGUUGGAAAUAGUGGUUUGCCUGGCCUAGGACUGGAAGUUCCAGGUUUUGGAGGUGCACCAAAUAAUAUAAGUGGUCCAUCAGGAUUUGGGGGGAUUCCUCAGAACUUUGGAAAUGGCCCAGGUAGUUUAAAUGCUCCUCCUGGUUUUGGAAGUGGACCCCCUGGUCUUGGAAGUGUUCCUGGGCAUUUGAGUGGGCCUCCAGCCUUUGGGCCUGGGCCUGGUCCUGGCCCGAUCCAUAUUGGGGGUCCCCCUGGUUUUGGAGCUAGCUCUGGAAAACCAGGACCUACAAUAAUUAAGGUGCAGAACAUGCCUUUUACUGUAUCUAUUGAUGAAAUAUUAGAUUUCUUUUAUGGUUAUCAAGUAAUUCCAGGUUCAGUAUGUUUAAAAUACAAUGAAAAAGGUAUGCCUACAGGUGAAGCCAUGGUGGCCUUUGAAUCUCGGGAUGAAGCCACAGCUGCUGUCAUUGACUUAAAUGAUAGGCCUAUAGGUUCAAGAAAGGUAAAACUCGUUUUAGGGUAGCCGUUCACAUUAGUUCCUUACUGGAUAUAUCUUUAUUUUGCUGUGAUUAAUGCAUUCAGAUUGUUUUCCUAGUAGUUCCAGGUUAGAACCUGUGGGUUGUUCAGUUGCAGAUAGAUUGGUUUCUAUAAUACAGAGCAUUGGUUGGCUGUUUACAACUCACAGAAUAAACAUUGCAAUUUGUUACAGUAAAGCUAUCUGGAGAGAUCACAAAAAUAAUUUUGGCAUACGUAGAGACAGUUUGUAAUACUUGAUCAUAUAAAGCUUAUCAAGGAGUCUAGAUUGGUUUUCUUUUAUACCACAUGGAUGAAGAAAAUAGAACCGUGGGUAGAGCUCGUGGAGGGUGCUCGUGCCAGUGCUGACAAUUAGAAGUUGGCUACUUUUGCAAUUUGAUUUAAAGUUGGACAUAUUUGCUUUGUUAUAGGGUCAAAGCUUUGUCUGGAACCUUCAUUUUCUUUUAAAAUUGAAUAAAGUCUCUGUAUCCGGA